AUGCUUAAACCAAAGUGGUCGCCCACCAAGGAAACACCGCUUCCGCUGUACUACAAGGACAAACGCAUUGCGCAUAAGGGCACCAUAUAUUCUAAUUUCAAGGCCAUUGUCACUCGGUCCAAGCAUAAGAAGAUGCUCUUUAGGGCCUUUAUCACCUCCCUGAUUCUCUAUGGAAUUCUCUAUUUCUACUCGAUAAUUCCCUGCUCAGAGGAGUCUCAGCAACCUCUGGGUCUGUGGGAUAGAAGAAAAAAUGAGGUUAGGCAGACUUUCCUUGAUUCCUGGCAUGACUACAUGCGCCACGGAUGGGGUAAAGAUAUAUAUAGACCUGUUUCUCAAAGAGGAAGAAACAUGGGUCCUGUUCCACUAGGCUGGAUCAUCGUCGAUUCUUUAGAUACCCUUCAGUUGAUGGAAUGUAAGCAGGAGUUUUCCGAUGCCCGUGCUUGGGUUCAAUACGAGUUGGAUUAUGAGAAGUUUGACCAUAAUAUCAACACUUUCGAAACCACUAUCCGUAUGAUUGGUGGUCUAUUGUCCACCUAUUAUCUCACCGAGGAUGACUUAUUUCUUGAAAAGGCUACUCAUUUGGCUAACAAGCUUUCUGGUGCUUUUGAUUCCGAUUCUGGUAUCCCCUAUGCCUCUGUCAACUUGCAACGUGGUGAUGGAAUACCUGCUCCUUCCGGUUCUUCCACCGCUGAAGCUGCUUCUUUACAGCUUGAGUUCAAAUAUUUGGCCAAAGUUACUGGAGAAAAACUGUACUGGGAGCAGGUGGAAAAGGUGAUGAAAGUUCUCGACGACAAUCAUCCCGAAGGCGGUUUGGCUCCUAUCUUUGUCGACCCAGAUACCGGUAAAUUCAAGGGCCAUCUAAUUCGUCUUGGCUCUAGGGGUGACUCCUACUAUGAGUAUCUUCUUAAACAACAUUUGCAAACCGGCGAAAGCGUUUACUUGGAUAUGUAUCAGGAGAGUUAUGCUGGAAUUAAGAAGUAUCUUGUGAACAGAUCUUAUCCUAACGGUCUUACAUUCAUUGGUGAGAGACCCAAUGGACUUGACGGUCCAUUGGACAACAAGAUGGAUCAUUUGGUGUGUUUCAUCGGAGGUUUGUUUGCCUUGGGCGCAACUGAGGGAGAGACCGUUGCUGAAAUACAAAAGCAGCAUCGUUGGGAUGCCUCUCGUGCUGAGCAAAUGGAACUUGCUCGUGAAAUGGGUAAGACUUGCUACCGUAUGUAUCACGAUAUCGAGGCCACUGGAUUGGCCCCAGAAAUUGUUGUUUUCAAUACUGAUCCAAGCACAGACAAGGAUUAUUACAUCAAGGCCAAUGACAGACACAAUCUACAACGGCCAGAAACUGUUGAGACGUUGUACUACCUCUAUAAGAUUACUGGAGAUGAAAAGUAUCGUGAAUGGGGUUAUGAAAUCUUCAAGAACUUCAUCAAGUACACUAAGGUUCCUGCUGGGAAGGGAAAGGAUGAUAAAACUCGUUACACCUCUUUGGGGGAUGUGACGGUAAAUCCUCCUGUUCUCAGGGAUAAUAUGGAGUCAUUCUGGCUUGCAGAGACUUUGAAGUACUUGUACUUGUUAUUUGAUGAUGAUAGCAAGCCUAAAUGGGACAUUCGUAACGUUGUGUAUAACACAGAGGCUCAUCCAUUGCCUAAAUUUGAUCUCAUAGGCACUGGAUUAAGGACAGGAUGGAGAAGAAGCGAGCCUGAUCAAGGAUCCAUGGACUCUUUGAGGAUUAAGACGGUUGAAAAUGGAGGACUACUUAGAAACCAAGAAGUUUCUGCAGAUGACGGAGAAGAACUGGAAGAAGGUGCCGAUCCAAAAUCCAGUAGAAAGUUUAUCAAAUAUACGGGAGAGCACAUAGAAGAUAGCGUGGACGCAGAGAAAGAUAAUAAGCGUGUUGCUGAUGAAAUGAAGGAGAAUAAUGAAAUACCAAAGUCGAAGCAACCGAUUGCCAAGCAAUUAGAUGAACAAGUUAAGGAGAUUCAAGGAGAAGAGAAUAAUGAGGAAUUUAAUGGGGAGAAUUUGGAGCACGCACAGGAGCUCAAGCACGAAGAUGAGCAGCGGGAUGAAAGUCAGGAUGAACACCAGGAUGAAAACCAGGAUGAACACCCGGAUGAAAAUCAAGAUGAACACCAGGAUGAAAAUCAGGAUGAACACCAGGAUGAACACCAGGAUGAACAUCAAGACGAAAAUCAGGAUGAACAUCAAGACGAACGUCGGGAUGAAAAUCAGGAUGAACACCAAGACGAAAAUCAGGAUGAACAUCAAGACGAAAAUCAGGAUGAACAUCAAGACGAACGUCGGGAUGAAAAUCAGGAUGAACACCAAGACGAAAAUCAGGAUGAACAUCAAGACGAAAAUCAGGAUGAACACCAAGACGAACACCAAGACGAACACCAGGAUGAAAACCAGGAUGAAAGCGCAGAUGUUGAAGCAAAUAAAGAGUUUGCAGGAAAUAUCAAUGAAGUGAUGCUCGAGGCUAAGCAUGAGGUUGCUCAACCUUUAGACCAACAGGUACAGCAGGUAAACGAGGAUGCAUCUAACGAUCAAUAA